UCGCGCUCGCGUAUUGAUGCUUUCAAUUCGCGAACGCCGAUGAAAAUAUAAAACGAAUUUAAAGAUAAAUUAUAAAAGAAAAAGUGUCAAUUCCGCAUACAUAUUGUAGAUUAGUUAUUAAAUAAUUGUUAAAAUGGUACGGCAUAGAAAAGUAGUGUCGCUUAAAACAGAUAAGAACGAUACAAGCAGCAGUGCGGGCAGUAGCGAAUCUUCGUUUGGUAGUAAGACGUUUAAGUUCCUUUCUGUAUGGAAAACCGGUGUCGGCUUCGUUUGUUUUUUAAUCGCUGUGUAUAUAAGCACUCUAGGCUACCUGGAAACUCGGGUUAACACGCCAUUUGACGAUGAUAAGGUAGUAAAAGAAACCGGUCUACAAAUACCGGAGCGAUACUGGGGCACAUACAGGCCUGGUGUGUACAUGGGCAUGAAGAGUCGGGAGCCACGGUCACCUGUGUUCGGCAUGAUGUGGUACGAGCUCGCUGCCUCCUCACAUAAGGGUAUCAGACACUGGUGUGACCAGAAUGACAACCUAGCGACGUACGGCUGGCUCCGACACGACGGGGUCACGUUUGGGGAGCAACUGAUCACGGACAACCCCCAUAACAUCACUACUUCGUUUAUUAAGACCCCCGGCGGAGAACACGGGGGUCACUGGACUGUUAGGAUCAAUGUUACAACUAAGGGUAACGCCAAAGUUCCCUUCGUGCUGAUCUGGUACGGGGCUCUGGACGAGUCUCUCGGUGCCGCCGCUCCUCACUCCCGCAUCUGGUAUGAAGACGGCUCCAUAUUGGGUCAUACGCCACAGCUGCAUAACUUUAGAGUCAAUCUGGUGCCUAAUCAGGGUAAACUCCUGCACACAUCAUACUCGGAAGCCCACGCACCAGGGCUGCAUCUCCUCAAAGAGAAGUUCUAUGCUCUACUGAAGGUGGAAAGACAUUCCAUUUUUGGUAAACUAGCAGUUUUGGGGGCUGAUGAUGAACUUAGCAAGGACAAAGACAUAAAUUUCGUGCCAAUACAGAUGUUGGUGGAAACGCCAUUUUCCAUAGACAUAGUCUAUACCACGGAGGAUCUCCCCACUCCUCCGUUAAAGGGGGAGAAGUAUACGAAAGCUUUGGAGUCUAAGAAGACCUCGUUUGAUAUUGAAUUUGAAGAGAAAUUCAAAUUGGAUGAGAAAGGCUACCCACCACACGACGUGGCUAUAGCCAGAGCGGCUCUCUCGAACACUCUCGGAGGUGUGGGGUAUUUCUUUGGCGCUGGUCGAGUGCAGUCACAAUAUACCAGGGAACCAGUGCCUUAUUGGAGAGCGCCGCUAUAUACUGGUGUUCCUAGCAGGUCAUUCUUCCCCCGCGGUUUCCUCUGGGACGAGGGUUUCCACGGUCUUCUCAUCGGGAGAUGGUCUAACGACAUACAGAUGGAUAUCGCGGCACAUUGGUUGGAUCUCAUCAAUGUUGAGGGCUGGAUUCCUAGGGAACAGAUUUUAGGAUCGGAGGCAUUAGCAAGAGUACCCAAAGAGUUCGUGGUACAGAGCAACGCGGCCGCCAACCCGCCGAUGUUGCUCAUACAACUUGCACACUUCGUGAAGAUACGCCCCGAACUGUUCGUCAGCGGCUCCAAGCAUAGGAGCACGCUGGAUAGAAUGUUUAGCAGGCUGCAAGCGUGGUACCAGUGGUUCCAAACCACCCAGAAAGGGGAUGAACCCACUUCCUAUCGCUGGCGUGGGCGUGAAGAUGAUGGCCUGCAGUUGAACCCUAAGACCCUGACUUCAGGACUCGAUGACUAUCCUAGGGCAUCCCACCCUUCAGACAUAGAGCGUCACGUAGACCUGAGGUGCUGGAUGUACGCGGCCGCCGACGCCAUGAUGACCAUCGCCGAUGUACUGCAUCGGGACUCCAGCAAAUACGAAGCUACCAAAGAGCAGUUAGGUGACGAAGAAUUACUAAAUGAACUGCAUUGGUCUUCACACACACAGACUUACGCUGAUUAUGGCCUCCACACAGACGGAGUGAAGUUAGUUCGCCAACAGCCUAAGAAUCCGUCAGAGGGCGCUCGAGUAGUGCGCAGUGUCACCGUGCCUCCACAACCAAGGCUUGUCACUUCUGCUUUUGGUUACGUAUCCCUAUUCCCGAUGUUACUGAAGGUGCUGAAACCCGACAGUGACAAGCUGGGUAAAAUACUAGAAGAUUUGGAUAAACCUGAAUUGCUGUGGUCACCAUACGGACUCAGGUCCCUCUCAAAAUCAUCUCCUCUGUACAUGAAGAGGAACACAGAACACGACCCCCCAUAUUGGAGGGGUCAAAUUUGGAUCCCCAUAAACUAUCUCGCGUUGUCCUCUCUGAAGCACUACGCGAGUAUAGAGGGACCUCACGCGGCUAGGGCUGCAGAACUCAACGCCAGGCUGAGAGACAAUAUCGUUCGUAACAUACUAAACGAAUACAAACGCGCCGGGUACCUAUUCGAGCAGUACUCCGGGGAAGACGGCAAGGGUUCAGGCUGUAAGCCCUUCAACGGCUGGACGGCGCUAGUAGUCCUGAUCAUGGCAGAUGAGUACUAGGAUAACAUAAGAAGCUAGAAGAUUCAGUGAACUUUAUUUAUAAAAUAGACGCAUAGAAAAAAAUAUUGGAAACAACAAUGAUAGUACAAUCAUCGGCAAGAAUCUUGAGCGCUGACCUUCACCUGCGCAGAAGAAAUUUAUUGGGUCCCUUUUGUGGUAUGAAGUGAGGCGCGGGGGCGGGCUAAAGCGGCGAUUGGCCCGCAGCGCAUCGCGUCAUAGCCGUCACUCGGGAUUGGUUAUUUGCUAAUAAAUAAUCACUUCUGCUCAAGUGAAGGUCAGCGCUCAAGAUUCGUGCCGAUGAUUCUAACGCCAUCUACCGGGUUGAGUUGUGUUUUCAAAUCGUGCAGGAAUGUUUAAAAAUAUACAUACAAGAUUUUAUUUUACCUUACGGGGUCCAGCUCUUGACAGGAUGUAAAUGACAAAACACACCUUUCAAUCAAACGGCUAGCCUUUUGACAGAGCCGACAUAACUUGUUGCCUUUUUGUGACAAAAGUUCCAUCAUCCAUCCUCCGAGCCUUUCCCAACUAUGUUGGGGUCGGCUUCCAGUCUAACCGGAUGCAGCUGAGUACCAGUGCUUUACAAGAAGCGACUGCCCUAUCUGACCCCCUCAACCCAGUUACCCGGGCAAUACAACACUCCUUGGUUAGACUGGUGUCAGACUUACUGGCUUCUGACUACCCGUAACGACUGCCAAAGAUGUUCAAUGAUAGGCUGGACCUACAGUUUUGUGACAAAAAGUGUCAAUUUAAAUAUUUGUUACCGUGGUCGCUCUCUGUUUUUCACACACAGAUUUUUCCAGUAGUCAGGUCAAGUUUGUAGGUAUUUACAAAUUCCAAUUUUUUUGUUUGUAAAUUAUCCCAUAUAGACAGUAUAGUCAAAGAACACGCUAUACCCUAUACACGGAGCCAUGAGCCAAAAGGUAAACAAACCAUAAAAAGGGUUUUUUAUAAGUCACGAUUGAAGUAGGUAAUGAACAUAUUUUAUAAAAAAAAAACUACGGAAGUAAUACACUGACAACAUUAGAAAUGAAGAAAUGAUAUUUAGAACGAUGUCUGUAGAACUUAUGUAAUCCUUUCAGAUUUAUUUGAAAUCAAAUAUAAUGAACGCCGUAAAUUAUUUUAUUAAUUUAAAUCCAUUAUGUAUUAAAUCGUUCACUUGUAAAAGAACCUAAAAUACUUGAUUGUCAAACAUGGAACGCUACUAAAUUGUAGACCACAGGUAAUGUGACGUUUUGUGUUCGGUCGGGUUAUACCCGCCAUCUUGAAAAAGUCAUUCUUUGUUUACCUGUGGGCUCACGGGUCGGCGAAAAGGGUAUAGUAAUAGUAAAGGGGUUUAUUACUUGUGUAGGUACCCGUCUAGGGCGCUCUAGGAUGAGGUCGCCAAAGGGCUUGUGAAACAAGGCGCCGAAAUAUUUUGUGUUCUGGCGCCAGACUUACUGCUUGUAAUUGGAAGAAUUUUAAACUGUAGAAAAUUGUAGUACGCACAAAAUUUACAAGACGCAUGAAACUAUUGGAUAAAUCGCAUUAGGAAUUUGCUCAAAUUAAAAUUAUUAAUAAAUACAAUUAGUAAGAAAGUAUGGCUUGAUAAAAUUAAAAAAUUCAAUAGUAAAGCAGCUGUUAUAUAAAAGAAUUAACUACCUAAAUACUGCUGUUAUAUGGGUCCGUUCAGACAGACCGUCUCGGAGAGCAUCGGCGCGUAUUUUUCUUUUCACACAGAUUGGAAUCGGCUCCCAUCGGCUGCGUGAGAUGCAAUCAGAGCCAAACGUCUGCAAGACUGAGAAAAAGUAUGCGAUCGGAGCCGGUCGGAUCCUCUUAUUAUUUCACACCAAGCGCCUUCGAGCAUUCUUAAUGACAAAAUCAGUGCACAGGCAAAAAUAUCAUAUCAUAUCAUAUCAUUUAUUGCAUUCCAUAAUGUACAUUUGGUGGAAAAUAUAAAAUAAUAGAGGUAGUCACAAUUAUGGACCCUGAUGGGCACAGCAAAAUAGUUAGAAGAGAGGAAGGCGUGUAAUGUAAUAAUAAUAUAGUAGUAUCACAGAUUAUUAAUAGUUAGUAGUAUGUAGUAUAUUAUUUAAGUAUUUAUUUAUAUUAUAAUACUAGCUUUUGCCCGCGGCUCCCGUCAACUGACUUCUCCACUUUACCCUAUUUUUUUUUUCAUAAGAACCUUCUCCUGACAAUAACAAACACAACAAAAAAAGAAUUAGCCAAAUUGGUCCAGGCGUUGUUGAGUUAUGCGCUUACCAACACAUUUUGCGAUUCAUUUUUAUAUUAUAGAAGAUUAAGUAUAUAUUUGUGUAGCAUAACUUCGUUUUAUAGUUAUUUUUCUUUAUAUGUUGCAAAAUAAACCAAAGUACUUGAUUUUCAACGUGUUAAGAAUUUGCUCUCCUCUCCGAGCCGGUCUGUCUGAACGGACCCUAAAGAUCUUGAUUCAAAUUCAAAUGUUUUUACGCCGUGUAGCUAAACUAAUGAAAUGAAAGGUACUUAUAUAAAAAAAAAAGAUAAAAUUAUAAGUUCUAUUAAGUCUUAAAAUUUAAAAAGGUACGUGAGGCUGUCGUUAGUAAAAUAAUCCAGGUAGUGUUGCUAGCGUAAUAAAUUGUAAUAAUAGACGAAUAAGCGAUAUUUGUUGUUUUGAACGCAUUUUUCCUUUGUCUUAGAUUUUCAGAUUAAAAAGGCUAAAAUUUUCCCUAUUAUAGUCCAAAAAUAUUGAAAUAAUGAAUUAUAGAAAUUUUAUUGUUACCACACCCGUAAUUGUACAGAAAAAUAUGUAGAUUUGAAAAAAAAAUAGGCAAAAACGUUUUUUUUUUUAGCAAAAUAUGGUAGUUGUUGGUAAAAAGAUCCGAAUAUGUACCUAAUUAUAUAUUUGUGAAUUAUAUGCUUCCUCAAUGCGAUCCUUAAGAAAUUAAUUUUAUAAAAGUAUGCAAUCGAAAUUCUAAGAUCCGUAUUGCAUACCAAUAUAAUCAUCGGCACGAAUCUUGAGCUCUGACCUUCACCUGCGCAGAAGUGAUAUAUUGGGUCCCUUUUGUGGUAUGAAGUGAGGCGCGGGGGUGGGCUAAAGCGGUGAUUGGUCCGCAGCGCAUCGCGUCAUAGCCGUCACUCGGGAUUGGUUCUUUGCUAAUAAAUCACUUCUGCGCAGAUGAAGGUCAGCGCUCAAGAUUCGUGCCGAUGACUAUACUUUAAUAAAUAUAAAUUUUGCAGGCAUUAUUUACUACGUGAAUUUUAUUUUGUGAUACGGAGCUUAGAAAAAAAUAAAAUGUCUAUGUGAAUGGAUAAAAAAAGACAUGAUGAAUGAAAUAUUAAUUUUAUCAUUUAUGUAUUGUUACGUGCAGUGAAAACCUUGUACGAAUCUCGAAAAAGUUCAUCAUCAUCAUCCUCCGAGCCUUUUUCCUAACAAUGUUAGGGUCGGCUUUCACUCUAACCGGAUGUAGCUGAGUACCUAGGGCUUUAAGAGAGUCUCGAAAAAGGUAGAAUUUAUAAAAGUAUAAUACGGUCAGUAUCAAAAGUUGCUGAAAAAAUCAACAAUUUUUUAUAUUGCUUAACAAAACAGAAAUAACAUAUACUGAACUCUGGUAAGUUAUCGACGACUCGGUGUUUUUCAGUUAUGAAAAUUUUCAUUUGUUCAGUUACUUUUGAAUCUGACUACAUACUGAAAAAAAAAUGAUUUUCAAGGGACUGUUCAGAAGUUUUCACUACACGUAAUAACGAUUAAAAUUAUAAUUUCAACGUUGUACAUUUUUGUAAAUAGAUUUUAUUGUUAAAUAAAAUUAUUUGGAAAAU